AUGGCCAAAGCAGCACAUGAAGCAGCCAUGAAACAUUGCCUGAGAUACUUGAAAGGGACGACAUCACUAGGCCUUAUAUUCACAAGAUCAUCACCAAAGAUUCCCAAGAUCAUAGGCUAUAGUGAUAGUAGUCACAACAUCGAUCCGGACGAUGGAAGAAGCACUGCCGGUCACAUAUUUUAUCUUGGAGAAAGCUUGAUCACGUGGUGUUCUGUCAAACAAGAAACGGUGGCACUGUCAAGCUGCGAAGCUGAAUUCAUGGCCGGUACGGAGGCAGCCAAACAGGCCAUAUGGUUACAGGAGCUACUGAGUGAAGUCAUGGAUCAAGCAGUCGAGAAGGCAGUGAUCAGAAUUGACAAUCAAUCCGCUAUAGCCCUUACCAAAAAUCCGGCGGACAUCUUGACUAAAGCUCUUGGAAGAAUCAAGUUCAAGGAGAUGAAGGAGUUGAUUGGAAUGCAAGAUUUGGAAAAGAAUGAUUUCAAGCUUAAGUGGGAGAAUGUUGAGAUAAGCUUGAAGAUCAAAGAAACUUGA